AUGCGCAUCAGCUCAGCUGUCGCAGCAGUCGCGCUGUUGAUGGCACCAGCAGCUCUUGCUGAUCUACCUCCGGGAAACUGGGCAGGAGAGACCACCAUUACAGUAACAUCCUCUUUCUCAACCACUCUUACCAUUACCAAGUAUCUCACAUAUGCCAACGCCACGUCGACAAGCAGUGCCACAGGCUACCAUGUCACACCAACAGGCUGGAACGUCACUUCAACUGGAACGGCUGCCAGCACAAUCAAUAAACCGACAUUGACUGCCCCAGCUACUUCCACCCUCGGCAUCUCGCCACCUAUUGCUUCGGCGACCGGCGCCGCAAGCGCACAAGAAAUCAACUUUGCAAUGGCUGCUCUGGCGGGUGCCGCUGCUGUCUUCCUGGGCUCGUUAUAA